GCCCCAUUGGCCGUCAAGACGCGUCGAAGUUGCAUAGGAUUCAGUUUACAACAUUAGUUUUUGCCACAGCGUCGCCGCGUCGACGUUAAGCACCGCUGCUGCUGUCAACACUCAGGCUGCACAGGCUGCACAGGCUGGACAGCGUACCAACAUAAAACGCGGACAGCGAUGAUGACCACACCAACCCUCCUGAAACUCACGAAGCGCGAGCGCGCGGCAAUCGAUAGCUACUUGGAGGACAAGGCCGCAACGACGCUCCCGCCGCCGCCGCCGAGUCGCACGAGCAGCAAACCUUCGCCACCGCCGAACGGCGACGCGACGCGCGCCGCGCUCGCGACGAGCAAAAGCGACGCGCUGCGGGCGGCGCUGCCGGCCUUCCAGCACCGCGCGGCCAUCCUCGACACGAUCGACUCCCACGCGGUGACGAUUUUGAGGGGCGCGACGGGCUGCGGCAAGAGCACGCAGGUGCCGCGAUUGAUCGUCGAGGCGCUCGCGGCGCGCGGCGCCGCCCACGCGCGCGUCGUCGUCUGCGAGCCGCGGCGCCUCGCCGCGACGGCGCUGGCGACGCGCGUCGCCGAGGAGACGGGCCGGCCCGUCGGCGGCCUCGUCGGCUACAGCGUGCGCGGCGAGGCGAAGCGCACGCCGGCGACGGCGGUCGAGUACUGCACGACGGGUUUAGUGCUGAGGCGGCUCCAGGAGCCCGGCGCGCUCGCGGGCGUCAGUCAUGUGGUGGUGGACGAGGUGCACGAGCGGUCGGCGGACUGCGACCUGCUGCUCCUGUUCCUGCGGCGGCUUGAGGGGGCGCCGAAGCCGAAGAUUGUAUUGAUGUCGGCGACCGUCGACGCGGCGCCGCUCAAGGACUACUUCGGCGGCAACGCGGCAGUCGUCGACGUGCCGGGCCGGACGUUUUCGGCUGUGUGGAAAUCAACCAGUGAAUUAGGUUAUCCCUGAGAAGUAUUGCGGAGACCUUCGUGAACCUCCAAGCCAUCGAGCAGACGCAGUAAUGGGAUCAUCGUCGCGUCGAUGGCGUGGGGCGCCCGAAGUUUGAUUUCCACACAGGUUUCCGGUGGCCGUCAAGUUCCUCGAGGACGCCGUGCGCGCGCUGCCGGCGUUCGACGUCGCCAUCGGCGGCGCCGGCGCGCGGGCGGCGCCGCGGCCGGAGGCGUCGAGCCUGACGCCCGCGCGCGCGGCCGCGGCCGCGGCGGCGGAGGCGGAGGAAGCCGUAGCGCCUGCGUGGAAAUCAAGCUGAAGGCGCAGUGACAUUUUGUUUCGACGCAGGCAGAAGUGGCGGCGGCGGAAGGGUCGAACGGCGCGGCGACGCUUGCGGCUCGCGCGGCAAAGCUGCGGCGGGCGGCGAGCGCGUUCCCAGCGGGCGCGUGCGGCCGCGCGGGCGACGAUCUGUGUGGAAAUCAACCAGUGCGCCGGGUGCACCCGACAAUUCUUCAUAAGUCAUUUCUCGGCGAUGGCGCUGCCGUCCUGGCUCGGUCGAGCGGCGAGAAACCGGCAUCGCCGCGCCGUCGAGCAGGCGUCGCGUCGAUGGCGUGGAGGACGACGCGACAAUUCAGCACGAACGCGCCGUAAAAUUUUGAUUUCCACACAGGCGACGACUGGCUCGAGGGCCUCGGUGCGGCGGGCGCGCGCGCGGAGCUCGGGCGCGCGGGCGACGUGCUACGUAAAUUAGAUCUGGGCGCGCGCGUCAACGAGCCGCUCAUCGCGGCGCUCGUCGCGCGUUUGAGUUGUGAGGACGGCGCUAUACUCAUCUUCGUGCCGGGCGUCCGCGAGAUCGACUCGCUCUGCGCGGCCCUCGAGCGCCAGCCGAAGUGCGUCGUCGUGCCCUUGCACGGCCGCCUGAGCGUCGCCGAGCAGGCGAGGGCCUUCCGCGCGGCGCCGGCGGGCCGCACGAAGGUCGUCGUCGCGACGGACGUCGCCGAGGCGAGCGUCACGAUCCCGGACUGCACGAACGUCAUCGACUGCGGCCUCGCGCGGUCGGUCGUGGGCGAGGCCUGGUCGGCGCGCGCGGCGCGGCGGGUCGUCACGGGCCGGGUGUCGGCGGACGCGGCGAAGCAGCGCGCGGGCCGCGCGGGCCGCGUCCGCGCGGGCACGUGCUGGCGGCUCUGGUGCGCCGUGGAGCAGGACGCGCUCGAGGUCGCGCGGCCGCCGGAGAUGGCCACGCUGCCGCUCUGCGGCGUGGCGCUACGGGCCAAGAGCCUCUUCGGCGGGGCCGUCGCGCCGCUGCUCGCGGCCUGCCCCGCGCCGCCGCCCUUAGAUAGGGCGGCGGCGGCGGUCCGCGAGCUUGUGGAAAUGGGCGCGCUCGACGAGGAGACGGAGGCGCUCACGCCGCUCGGCGCCGCGCUGGCGGCGCUGCCGACGGACCCCGCCGCGGGCCGCGCGCUCCUGGCGGGCGCGGCCCUGGGCGUGGGCGAG